UGUGAGCGCGCAGGUUAUUUAUUCAUUCUCACGACCUCGGGAUAUCGUCGAGCCAGCACGGCUUCACGACAUGACAUUGACAAGUACAGGGCGCACAGCGAAACGUAGCACCGCGCGCGGUACAGAACCUACAGAAUAGGAGACCUCAGGUGCGGCGCCUAGUCACACCGCGGGAACGUGACCAGGAGGGUAAUGGCGACGCGUUGCCCAACGCGCAUGCGUUGCGCACACUCCCUCCGCGACCACUACCAUGAGGUCGCUGUAUCUUUCUCUCCUGCUCGCUGCAGCUGUGCACGGUAUACCAGCAGAGCAAGUUGUCAUUGGGGACGUUCUGGUCGAUGACUUCUCGCAAGUAACGAACAAGAUUCACGACGUCGUCGCAGGUGUGAAGCACGUCGCACACAAUGCUGUCAAGCACUCGAAGGAGACGGUCACUCAGUGGCUGGAUGCUUUCGGAAGGACGAUGAUUCUGCAGAAUGGGAUCACCUACGAGCUCGUCCAGAACCCAGCUUUCGAUGAACACCAGCUGCGCGUGACGGAGCCUGACUUAUGCGAUCCGAAGGUAAAGCAGUACUCAGGGUAUCUCGACAUUGCGGAGGAUAAGCACCUGUUCUUCUGGUUCUUCGAGGCUCGCAAUGACCCCGACAACGCGCCUCUCCUUCUCUGGCUCAACGGCGGCCCUGGCUGCUCCUCAUCCACUGGUUUGCUCUUUGAGCUCGGUCCCUGCGCCGUGGCCGAGGACGGGGCGAACGUCACGUACAAUGAACACUCGUGGAACGCGAACGCGAACGUCAUCUUCUUGGACCAGCCCGUCGACGUCGGCUUCUCGUAUGCCGAUGAGGGCACGUCUGUAAACACAAGCCCCGUCGCCGGCAAGGACGUGCACGCUUUCCUGGAGCUCUUCCUCGGACGCUUCUCCAAGUACGCUGACGCGCCUUUCCACAUCGCUGCGGAGAGCUACGGCGGAACGUACGCUCCGAACAUUGCGUCCGUUAUCCACACGGAGAACAAGGCUCUCGCUGCCGCGCGUUCCCUCGAUGUCGCUGCGCCUGGGCUACUGCACAUCAACCUUGCGUCGGUGAUACUCGGCAAUGGCCUCACAGACCCCUACAUUCAGCAUGCGAGUGUGCCGGACUGGGCGUGCGAGGGCCCGUACCCUGUGUACGACGAUCCCAAUGGCCCGGAGUGCCAGGCCCUGCGCUCGAAGGUACCGACGUGCCAGCGGCUUGUGAAGAGCUGCUACGACUUCAACUCGCGUCUCACGUGCGUGCCGGCGAUCCUCUACUGCAACAGCCAGAUCAUGGGCCCUCUUGUUCAACUCGGCUUGAACCCGUACGACGUGCGUAAGAAGUGCGAUCGCGAGAAGGACGGUGACCUGUGCUACAAGCAGAUGUCCUGGAUCGAGACGUGGAUGAACCAGCCCGCGGUGAAGCGCACGCUCGGCGUUGACUCGUCGCGUAACUUCGAGAGCUGCAACAUGCAGGUCAACCAGGCGUUCGCUAUGCAGGGCGACGGUGCGCACAACAGCGCCCUGCUCCUUCCUCCCCUCGUCGAGGACGGUAUCCGGCUGCUUGUAUACGCCGGCAACGCGGACAUGAUGUGCAACUUUAUCGGUAACGAACGCUGGGUUGAGCAACUCGACACGCGCUUCCAGAAGGAGUUUGUGGCGAAGAAGGCUGCACCUUGGGUGACCACCGAGACAGGCGUGCUCGCGGGCACGGUCCGCAGCGCAGGUGGCAAUGACGAGACUGCAGGCAACAUCACCUUCGUCACCGUUCACGAGGCUGGCCACAUGGUUCCGUACGACCAGCCCGAGGCAGGCUUGGACCUCGUGACAAGGUGGCUGUUCGACAUCCCGCUGACGCUCAAUGCGAGCGAGGCGGCGACUCGCGUUCCGUUCGUAGGACGGGCGUAGGAGCACCACGUCAGGUCGUGUGCAUAUCCGUAUGUCUCAGGCUGUUCACUACAUCGCUUUGGAUUGUAAAGUAUAGAAUCAUCCUCAAUGUUGUCUUCACACUCCUGUCUCGGAGUCAAUGACUGGGUGCAACUAGAUUCCUGGUCCUCUGUU